CAUCCACACUCAUCACAUUUGCCCUCACUUGAAUCCACACGACAGUAACACACCUACAUCAACUGCCACCGUCAGAUACAGAGAUCACGAAACGCACGAUGGCAACUUGCGUGCAGAACCCCGCAGGCUUUGCGUUUGACAACGCGCUCCGCAAUGAAGCCCUCGCUGCGCGUCUUCCACCUGGCGCAGUUCCCAAUGCGACGAGUACAGGAACGACCAUUGUGGGGUGUGUGUACAAGGAUGGUAUUGUACUAGGCGCAGACACACGCGCAACUGCAGGACCCAUCGUGGCCGACAAGAACUGUGAGAAGAUUCAUUACAUCGCCUCUAACAUUCGUUGCUGCGGAGCCGGUACUGCCGCCGACACGGAGUUUACGACGAACUUGAUCGCCAGUAAUGUCGAGAUGCACGCUCUUACCACUGGUCGGACACCGCGUGUCGUCACCGCGAUGACAAUGCUGAAGCAAAUGCUGUUCCGCUACCAGGGACAUGUUGGCGCUGCCCUGGUUCUCGGUGGUGUCGACCCUACAGGUGCGCACCUCUUCACCGUCGCCCCGCAUGGAAGCACGGAUAAGCUACCGUACGUGACUAUGGGGUCCGGCUCUCUCGCUGCCAUGGCCGUGUUCGAAACGGGUUGGAAGAAAGAUAUGACGCGCGAAGAAGCCCUAGCGCUUGUAACCGCCGCCAUCUCAGCGGGUAUCUUCAACGAUCUUGGGUCGGGGUCCAACGUCGAUGCUUGCGUGAUCACAAAGGACGGCACCGAAAUGUUGCGCAACCUCGAGAUGCCGAACCAACGUGUACAGAAGGAGCGUGCAUACAAGUUCCCGAGAGGGACGACGGGUAUCAGGAAGGAAUCUAUUCGCUCGCUCGUCACUUCCGAGAGUGUCAGGCCGCAUGGAGACGACGCGAUGGAUACGUCGUAAAGAAUUCCCUGUACUUUAGCAUCCGGUUCGAGAGCAAACAAUGGCAUAAAUGUAUUCUUGCGAGAGCUCGCCCAUGACCUCCA